AUGUCAUGGAGAAGAAAGCCAGUACAGUCACUACAUUAUCCUUACAAACAUAUCGUAAAGCUUGAAAGUCGAAAUCUCAUUCGACAGGUCAAUCAGACCAAAAGGUGAGACUGACCGAUCCGCUCUCGCGAUUGACAUCUUAAAAAAAUAAAAAAUUCAAACUUAAGAUGAAGCGAAUAACGGGAAAGACGAAAGAAGCAACUCUGAUCGAAAUGUCUAACGCGUUGGAUUCUCAAGUCGAAGAUAAUAAUGGCAGCAUUAACUCCAUCUCUGAACGAGAAACACAGCUGCCCGGUCACCGGGAGAUUGACAAGUUUGGGCAAAACCGGGACUCUGUGUACUUCAGGGAUGGUGUACGUCGCAUCGAUUUCGUCCUGUCUUAUGGUGACGACAAGGAUGGGGACAAGAGAGCGGAGAGAAGAAAAGAAUUCGAAGCCAACCUAGAGAAGGUUGGUCUUGAGCUGGAGACUGAAGACAAAUCGGAGUCUGAUGAUCGUAAGACAUAUUAUCUGAAGAUCCAUGCUCCAUGGGAAGUGUUGGCCACCUAUGCUGAUGUGCUAAAGAUCAAAGUGCCCUUUAAAGAAAGUGACAUUCCCAGAGCACGAGACGUUCCGUUGGAGUUGCUUACACAUCCUUUCCAACUACCGGAGCACAUCAUGAGGCCAGAACCGGAUUACUUCACUGCACCUUUCGAUAAGAGCAAGGUCGACUUCUUCCUUAUUGAUGAUAAGGAUACAUUUUUCCCUCCCUCCACCCGCAACAGGAUUGUGUACUACAUCCUCACCCGCUGCCCUUACUACAAGGAAGACCGUAAGGAGAAAGAUAAGACGGGAAUUAAACGAUUGCUAAGCAACGGCACUUACACCUCAGCCUAUCCGCUCCAUGACUGUCAGUAUUGGAAGAAGGCACAGGACAUGCAGUGUGAGAGUGAGCGGUUCCACCUGUAUAAAAACUGGGCUCGAUUCCUCUGCUUCUACAAGGAGCAGCCACUCAAUCUUAUCAAGAAGUACUACGGUGAGAAGAUUGGUAUCUACUUUGCCUGGCUGGGCUUUUACACAGAAAUGCUGUUUUUUGCUGCAGUCAUGGGGGUGAUCUGCUUUGUUUACGGUGUGCUCAGUUACGAUGACAACAUCACAAGUAAGGAGAUCUGUGACCCAGAAAUUGGGGGGAAGAUUGUCAUGUGUCCACUCUGUGAUAAAAAGUGCAGCUACUGGAAGCUCAAUUCAACUUGUCUGUCCUCUUGGCAAUCUCAUUUGUUUGAUAAUGAGGGGACUGUGUUCUUUGCCAUGUUCAUGGGCAUUUGGGUGACCCUGUUCCUGGAGUUCUGGAAGCGAAGGCAGGCCCGUCUUGAGUAUGAGUGGGAUCUUGUGGACUUUGAGGAGGAACAGCAACAGCUCCAGAUCAGGCCAGAGUUUGAGUUGAAGUGCACAGACCGCAGACUGAACCGCAUCACACAGGAAAUGGAGCCUUAUCUUCCUUUCCCCAGCAAGUGUGCUCGAUUCUGUCUUUCUGGGGCAACUGUGCUGUUCUGGACGUGUCUGAUCGUGGCCUGUAUAAUGGGAGUAAUAGCAUACAGAUUAGCAGUUUAUGCAGCGUUUGCCAGCGCCAUGAAAGACAGCCCCACCAGUAAGAUCCAGCUGGUGGGCUCUCUAAUCACCCCUCAGCUGGCCACCUCUGUAACCGCUUCAUGCAUCAACUUUGUUAUUAUUCUCAUCCUCAACUUCUUCUAUGAGCAUGUGGCCAUUUGGAUCACUGAUAUGGAGAUCCCCAAGACAUAUCUGGAGUAUGAGAACAAGCUGACGAUGAAGAUGUUCAUGUUCCAGUUCGUGAACUACUACUCUUCCUGUUUCUAUGUGGCCUUUUUUAAAGGGAAGUUUGUGGGUUAUCCGGGGAACUACAGUUACAUGUUUGGAAAGUGGAGCUCUCUGAGAAAUGAAGAGUGUGCCCCUGGGGGUUGUCUGAUUGAGCUCACUACACAGCUCCUUAUUGUCAUGGCUGGAAAACAGAUGGUUGGAAAUGUCCAGGAGGCUCUGCUGCCACUUCUCAGAAACUGGUGGGGCAGCAGAAAAGGGCGGAGUCAUCCGGAAAGCACUUAUAGUAGAUGGGAGCAGGAUCACGAUCUGCAGAACUUCAGCCAGUUUGGACUCUUCAAUGAAUACCUUGAGAUGGUGAUCCAGUUUGGAUUCAUAACACUUUUUGUGGCCUCUUUUCCACUGGCCCCUCUUCUUGCCCUUUUUAACAACAUUCUGGAGGUGAGAGUUGAUGCUUGGAAGUUUACCACACAGCUCCAAAGGCCAGUAGCAGCAAAAGCACGCAACAUUGGAGCCUGGGAAGAGAUCCUUAAUGUGGUUGCUAUCUUGUCUGUGGUCACAAAUGCCUUCAUCAUGGCGUUCACAUCAGAUAUGAUUCCUCGCCUGGUAUAUCUGUACGCCUACCACCCCGGCAGUGAGGCCACCAUGAGAGGUUACAUCACCAACAGCCUGUCCAUGUACAACAUCUCUCAGAUCCCUGGGUAUAAUCUAACUGAGUCUGAAGAAAACCCCUCCUGGUUUAAUAGCACUACCAUCACAAUGUGCAGAUAUCGGGACUACAGAUACCCACCUGGCCAUGAAAAGCAAUACACUCAAACAAUGCAGUUCUGGCACAUCUUGGCUGCUAAAAUGGCCUUCAUCAUCAUUAUGGAACAUAUUGUGUUUGUGGUGAAGUUUUUUGUGGCAUGGCUGAUUCCUGAUGUGCCGUCAGAAGUAAAGGCCCGGAUAAAACGUGAACGCUAUCUUGUCCAGGAGUACCUGCACAACUAUGAAGUGGAGAAACUCAAACUGCAGCUCAGUCAGAGUUUCUGCCUAUCCACAGAAAUGGCCUCACUGCCGCCUUCCAGUCCAAACAAGCAUCAGUUGCUUUCUUAAUGUAUUGAAAUGUCCCUGAGACUUCAUCACAACUGAAGAUACUGUACUCUGCAAAUUGAUAGCAUGGAGGAAUCUUCAUAUAUUUUAUUGCAAAAACUCUCUGCCCUCAUUCUGACAACUGCCUUUGUUUUUGAUUAAGAGCUGCACUCCCCUCAAACAAAAUGAAACAUAUCUUCAACCUGCUUUUUUAUGUUUGAGAGAACAAUACAGCUCCUUCUGUAUUUCUCUCUAUAUCUAUGCUUUACAUGAGUCCAGAGUGCCCUUGUGUAACUGCUCUUUCAAAGCUGUGGUGAGUUACUAAGUAUCAUAAUUGAGAAAGGCUUGGAGACAGACCUGCAGUGUCAUUUCAGCAGCAAACCCUCUGGAAUGCAGCCUUUAACCUGGUGCUCUUCAGUUUGUCCCGGGAGGCAGUUGUGCAGUGAAAGCAGCUUGUGAAUAUUUAGAUAUGAUAAUUAAAAAACUUUUGAAAACUUUAGGAGGCAAUAAUGAUUUUUACAUCUGUCCAGCUGCUUGCUGCCUUGAUAUUUUUGUAUUAAAAAAGUAAUUUGCAUGUUUUGCCCUGUAUGUCUAUCUAUGACAGAGAUACAUGUGUGUAUGUUGUCUUGACUUUUUAUUUAUUUUUCCUUUAGUUUUUUUUGAGGGUGUGUGAUGUUUAGUGACAAAUCUUGGUUCUACCGAAGCUGAGACAAGAGAGGCACAUCUGCUUGCUUAUCUUACUGCUGUAAUAUUGAUUAUAUAGUAAGUAUAUUUCCUGUAGUACUUGUAUUAUCAUGGCUCUGUUGAAAAUAUUUAAAGGAAUAGUUCUCCCAAAAAUGAAAUUGUCUCAUAAUUUACUCACCCCCAUGCCAUCCCAGAUGUGUAUGACUUUCUUUCUUCUGCAGAACACAAAUGACAUUUUUUAGAAAAAUAUCUCAGCUCUGUAAGUACAUAUAAUCCAAAUGGAUGUGUACUAAAAUGAUGAACCUCCAAAAGCACAUAAAGACAGAAUAAAAGUAAUCCAUAAGACUCCAGCGGUUAAAUCAGCGGUUAAUCUUCUGGAACAAUAUGAUAAAUAGUGUGGGGGAGAAACAAAUACAAAUGCAUGUCCUUUUUACCAUCAAUCGGCACCUUCACAUUCUUUUGUUUUUGUCUAUUUGCAUUCUUUAUGCAUAUCGCCAGCCACCUGCUGGGAAUUUAAGAGAAUUUAAAGUAAUAAAGAACUUCUACUUCUCACCUACACCUGUCAUAUCCCUUCUGAAGACAUGGAUUCAAUCACUGGAGUAAUGGAUUGCUUUUAUGCUGCCUUUUAUAUGCUAUUUUAAGAUUAAAAAUGUUGGUACCCAUUCACUUGAAUCGUAUUGACCUACAGAGCUGAGAUAUUCUUCUAAAAAUCUUCAUUUGUGUUCUAAAGAAGAAAAAGUCAUACACAUCUGGAAUGGCACGAGAGUGAGUAAAUAAUGAGAGAAUUCAAAUUUUGGGGUGAAUUAUUCAUUUUAGUUUUCCAAUUCUUUUUUUUUUUUUUUUUUUUUUACUAGGAAGCGUAGAAACAAUUAUUUUCUUUGUGUAACAUUUACCAAACCCACAUUUUGUUCAGUGUAAUAUUAAACUUUGUAGUAAUAUUUAUUUGAGGAUGUAUUUAUUGUUGCAGGCUAAUCAUAUAGCAAAUUUGUUAUCUGGUUAAGUUUUUGCAGGGAAGGAAUGUUCUUUUUUUUUUCUUUUUUUUUUUCUUUUUUUUUUUAAUACGAAGAUUAAGCUCUAAGCUCUAUAAGGACUUUUAUUAUUUUCUGAUUCAAAUUCUGAAAGUGAAGCUAUCAUGCAUCAUAUCAAUCUGUCAAGGUUUGUACAUACUGAAUAACUACAGAAGAACUGAAAGAUGAAUUUCAUGACAAGGCUUAAAAACAUUUUAUCAGAUCUAUCGCAUCAGUGAUGUAUUUUUCUCACCUGAUAACUGUGCCUGUACUUUGUGUAACCGUAGACCAAGUGUUGCUGAGAUGGGACAAAUUAUUCUAGUGGACUUCUAGAGAUUUCCAUAAAUGUCAGGUUUAAUUUUCCAUGUUACCAUGGGAAAUUCGUUUUGAGGUGUGUAAUGAAGAUCUUGUAAGAAGACAGAAGCCAACAUACUGGAAUUGGUAUACACCAGGAUAAUGGUUACAUUGCACAGAAUGAAUCAAAUAAUUAUGAAUUCUAACAAGGUUACUUGGGUUGUUUUGUUAUAUUUCUGGACUGAUGCAUUGAUUUGGUUUCAAAAUUCAAAACUACAACAUUUUAAAAAAAAUGUGGUUUACUCUACAGGGACUCUAUGGGUUUAAAACAAUAAUGAAUGCUAUUAUGUCCUCAAAUUGGUGUGAACACGGGCCUUGUCAGUUUUAAAUGUGUCUAAUGUAUCACCUGAACUAUGUUGUACAUUAUUUUCAUAUGCCAUAUCAGUUCAUUUAACUCUAUAUUUUUGCAUUGUUUACCUAUUAGAUGUGUAAUGGAAAUUAUACUGUCAAAUGAUUUAUGCUGUGAGUAUUUUGUUGAUCUUAUGGAUAAUUCAAAAUACAGUUUAUAUAAUUAUUCUGAAUAUUGUAUUGAUUUACUUGUAAAUAUGGAGUUUUAACUAAAAAAAUACAUCAUAUAUGUAGACUACCAUUAGUAAAAUGUGUUUCUCAGGCAAGGAUUGGUUUGGAUGUUCCUGCGUACAGAUGGGUCCAUGACACCCAUGCAUUUGCCUUACACCAUUAUGAUGCUCAUGUAUGUGCAUAUGCCUAUGGUUGUCAGGUAGCCUUGUCUGGCUACAUGUGUGCAGAAUGUGUCGCAUUAAUUGUUGUGAAAAGGAAGGUUCAUGAAUGGUCAUUUGUACAUCUGAACAAGGAGAAUGUGCCAAAAUAAAGCAUUAAA